ACAGGCGUGGGGCUCACCGGGGAACGGGCGCGACGGAGCGGGCAGCGGCAGCGGAGUGGCAGCGGCGGUACUUCUCGUAGAAAACACGGUUUCCUGAUCGGAGAGUACCCGUUUAAGACCUGUUAGGACUUUUGAGUGGGAGGCGGGGUGCAGUUAAUUUUUGUCAGCCGUUGAAAGGAAACUCCUUCACGGCCAAAUUUGGGAGUACUGUCGCCGGUGGUGGUGGGGAGGAGGGGAGAAAGAUGCAGUUCCAGUCCGACUCGGAGCGCCGCGCAGUCCGCCUCCGACGCUGGUGAUGCCCGCCGCGCGGGGAUCACCGCCCAGCAGCAUCAGCAGCGGCAGCAGCAGGAGGAGGAGGAGGAGGUCAGGACAACAGGGCGUCGGGGGGCCGGUGAUGAUGAUGGUAAGGUCGGGAUCAUGGCUAACGGAACCGGUACUAUCAUGUUAAAAUGCGUCGUGGUCGGAGACGGUGCAGUGGGCAAAACGUGUCUUCUGAUGAGCUAUGCCAAUGACGCCUUUCCAGAGGAGUAUGUGCCCACAGUCUUUGAUCAUUAUGCAGUGAGUGUCAACGUCGGUGGAAAGCAGUACUUGCUGGGACUAUAUGACACAGCUGGUCAGGAGGACUACGACCGCCUCAGGCCGUUGUCCUACCCAAUGACCGAUGUCUUCCUCAUCUGCUUCUCGGUGGUUAACCCUGCCAGUUUCCAGAAUGUGCGCGAAGAAUGGGUGCCGGAGUUGCAGGAGUACGCGCCCAGUGUCCCCUACCUGCUCAUUGGCACCCAGAUUGACCUUCGCGACGACCCCAAGACCAUUGCCAAACUGAAUGACAUGAAGGAGAAGCCCAUCGCCACUGAGCAGGGACAGAAACUAGCGAAGGAGAUUGGUGCAUGUUGCUAUGUGGAGUGUUCAGCUUUGACCCAGAAGGGCCUGAAGACGGUGUUCGACGAGGCCAUCAUUGCAAUCCUGGCUCCCAAGAAGAAAAAGGGAGCUCUGAAGAGAAGACUGAGACCUCGCUGCAUCAACUGCUGUCUGAUCACGUGAUACAUAAACCCGCGGAUCAUUCAGCAGCAAACCAUAAACCAAACCUGGACUGAAGGCAAAAGAAAAUUGCACAAAAGAGAGGACUGAAAAGGACAAAAUAAGAGCUACUUUUAAGCUGCAGGGCUCUUGACAGGCCAUAACUCUCUCCUGCUGUCCAACUCGAGUUGAGGAUGCAGUUUACUACCAAAGGAGCACAAAACCCAAGUCAGUCUCUUCGUCAAAAAGACUUUUUGCCUCAAAAGUACCUUCUUUUAUAACCAUUUUUAAUCAUUGUUCCUGUACAAAAUUGUUGUACGCUGUCAUACAAAAAAAUACGACAUUGCAGUUUUAAGAGAAAUGCUACAUUUUAGGAAGUUCAUAUUAUUUCUGUGGUUUUGGAAGCUACAUUAUUGAUUUGUGAUGUUCUCGAUAGAAGAGCAGAUCAGGAGAGAUGUUUAAGAAUGAGAGGCUGACUUAAGUGACACUGUGACAGUGGCCACGAUACACAGGUUUUGUUUUUUAUUUCAAGACUCUGUUGGCCCACAAAGUCUGUCUCCAAUUGUUUGACCUGCAAAUCCAACCACACAAGGUGCUGUGCGUUGUGUGGGGUGAACACAAAUGAGUGAAAUGCUGUUCAGUGGACACAUUUUGGACCUGGAACUGUAUUAUUUUAAAGUUUGAAGGUCAUGUUUUUUGCCUUAUGAAAACCCCAUUAUUUUAUAGUGUGGCAUGCCAAAACAUACUGUAAGUUAGGACUGAGGCUGAGGUCUUCAUCAGGAACUGAAGAGGUCUAUUAUCCAUUUUUAAAAUAUAUAUUAUCCAGAGUUUAUGAUUCUAUAUCUCUAAAAUAGAGAUGAUCUAGUCUGUGCAAACAUUUUAUCAACCGAUAGCUUUCUUUUUUCGUUUUAAUUUUGUUAUCCUGCAAUAACGUGUAAUCCUUUUAUCACCUUAAGAAGGUUUUUGAGAGAGAAGAGGAGGGAUCUCAUUUUAGAAAUGAAUUUCAUAUAUCCAACGUCCAAAGAAUCGAAUGCACACUUUCAUCAGAAUCAGCUGGCUAAGGUGACCCACAACUGUACAUCUAAUGCACAACAUGAAGCACAGUCAGCGCCGCUUCAUUUCCCGGCACAACAAAGCACAUUCCUCCGCUUUUAAACGCUGUCUCUCUCCCAGAAAAGGCUGAUUGAAGCACACUGUUCCAUCAGGCACACGUAUGAGCAAAGCACAUCAUUUUAGCUGCACAAUCACAGUCCGUUAAGUCUUUAAAAAUACUUGCAAAUAUCAGCUUUCAUGAUCGAUUGAAAUGGUACAAGAAAGGGUUGCAGCCGUUGGCACCAUCGACGUAUAAAAGACUUCCUCCCUCUGUACAAAAAAUGAAGCCAAAAUAUCCUGGUGACGUUAUUCGGAGCCAGAGUCUGUGCAGUAGUGAUCGGGGUUGGGCUCAACUGUCAAUCAUGAUGUGAAACCCGCUUUUUGUAGCUUAAAAAAACAAAUUUAAACCAAACUUGUCAGAAAAAGAACCACUUGAACAAACAUCAGCGUGAUAAGAACUACCUAAAAUGACAGAAACCAUCUUUGGGAAGAAUGUAUUUAAGUAUAUUUAGCUCACAUAGAGGCAGCAGGUUUUAUGACCUAUCCUGCAGUCAGCCACCAGGAGGCGAUCCAGAUGUUUUGGCUUCACUUUUGGGGAGCUGUCAUCUUCCAUCUUUAUAUUUGGGGAUGGUUGGCACCAGCUGUUCAUAAAUUCAAACUUGGCCUAGUUUAUUGUUUGUAAAGUGGAAAUUUACACAUCGCUAAAUUAAAAUGGGUUGAGCCAGAGAAACUACACAAAGAUAAAGUUAGCUUACAAAGAUGUGUCUCAUUUAAAGUAAAACGGGUAUCUAUCUGACCUGACACUUCAGUAUUAUGUUUAAUAAUUAUGUAAACUGGGAAGAUUUAAACAGAAAUAAAACAAUAAACCUAUAUAUAUUUGCCAGUCAUUCUAAAUCGUAUGAAUACUACUGUUUCUGUCCCUUUUUGCAUAUAUGAAUAAAUCAAAGUAAAACCUGCCUUUAGAAAGUAUCAGCACUUAAGUUUAAUAUAUCACUUGCCCCCCUAAAAAUAUUUUUGGCAGUUUUGUUACAGCCCUUGUAAAUGCCAUUAGAGUCAGAGGAACCAGAUGUUUUCACAGAUUAUCUGUCUCAUGUUCUACUGUCAGGAUAUUGUGAAAGUUUUUUCAUAAAAAUGACCUACUGCAGCUUUAAACUAGCGAGCAGUUACUAAGAACUUUACACACAAACUUAGAGAUGGAUUUACGGAUAGCUGCUGCAACCUGUAGAAGUCAAUCCUUCAGUAGUUUAAAAUAAACACCAUAUUAUAUAUGAGUUAAGAUGUCCUCACAUGACAGCUGUGAAGGGUUUUAUAUAAUAUAUGGAAACAACAUUACAACCACGUACCAAUCCUGUAGUAACAGGUUAUCCCAUAAGAUAGAAAUUGAGAUAAUAUGUGAAGUUUACGAGGAUUUAGAGAAUAGUUCAAAUAUUUAUGAGCCCCACCCGAGACAACAAUAUGCAAAAAUGUUUCAGGCCUACAUGUCUUUAAUACUGUGGGUGAUAACUUGAGGCUUUUUCUUGCAACCAAACAUCCAAAAAUAUCAGCUCUUCUUGUUUUUACGCAGCUUUUUCUACCAUUUUUAAUCAAAGGUGCCAACUCUUGCUAAAUGACUUUAAGUUAACUUUUCUGUUCAGAAUCAGAUAUGAUGAUUGAUUAAAGCUUUAAUGUAAACGGUGCUCCUCUCUGUCCCAGCCUGCAUUGUAUAAACUUUCUUUCUGAGUGGACUGCAGGGUGAACCGCCUUCUCUCUCGGACAGUUUUGCUUGCUUGCGUUUGUGUGUGUGUGAAGGUCCACCCUCAGGAUCCAGGACCUAUAAGUGCUGCAGCCACCGAUGCAUUCUCCCAUUGAUGCUUCUCUCUUCUCAAUAAAUGUGUUUACUGUGUUAAUAA